AUGCGGUUACGGCGGAGUUCACCAUGGCUCUUACUGCUACUUGCCACCUCCGCCAUCGCCGACCUAGACUCACCCAAAGACGGACGACUGCAGAAGCGGCAGGCGGUCGAGGGCUCGCUUACGAAUGAUCAAGUACUGGGUCUGGGCACGAAGAAAGGCGAGGCAAUAGGACGAGGGAAAGGAAAGGUCAACCCCAAUGCGGGAGUCAUCCCGGAAAACACCUACCUGCCCAAAGCGACCCUGUCAGCGAGACCAUAUGUUGGUACUGAAGAUGCGCCGGUGGAUGGGCUGGAUGGCAAACCGCAUGCCGGACCAUUCGUGGACACGACACCAGAAUCAGCAUUAUCGAAAAAGGGUGGCGCAGCUGCUACUACAUCGACCGCCAAGGCUGUACCGACAUCACUAGAGAAGUUCGCGAAAGGAGCAGCAGAUAUACCCGAGAAGAACGAUGGGGUCAUGAACGAUGAGACGCGAGUCGCGCCGAAGAAAGGCACGACGGGGACGGAAGGAGGGAUCAGUGAGAAGGAGAAAGCGCGGAAAGCAAAAGGGCAGACGGAGAAGGAGGUCCAGUCACCGAAGGAAGCACCACCGCUUCCACAUAGCGAACAAGAGCGUAUAGCAGCGGAAAAGGAGAAAGCAUCCACACCGCAAGAGAAGGAGAAAGCUAGGCAAGUGGCGCCAAAGGACAGUAAACCAAAAGACAGCAAGCCAGCCGAAAAGGGAGCAGAAGCUCCAGCGGCGAAAAAGGAAGGCGCGUUCGGGUUGGAGAAACCCACAGAUCUCCCCGACACACCCCACAACAUCCCCCAUCCGGACCCCAAAGGCCCGAGCAUGCCCGGAAGCGAAGGAGGCUCCAAAGCCAACGGCGAACCACCAGUAGGAGGCACAGACAAGAAAUCCUGGCUGCAAGAAACGAUGCCCUACACCGAAGGCCAACCGCGACCGAAAACUCUCAAACCACUCUCCGAUACUACCGCUGGAGCAGCAGCAGGAGCCAUACCAGCAGCAGCUGGGAAGAUAGCGGCCGGAGGCGGUGAGAUGGAAUGGCACGAAUGGUUCCACUCCUUCGUGCUCUCCUUGACCAUGAUCCUCUUCUCCGAAAUCGGCGACAAAACCUUCCUCAUAGCCGCCCUAAUGGCAAUGCGGCACCCACGCCUCCUCGUCUUCUCCGCCGCCUUUGGAGCCCUAAUCGCCAUGACGAUCCUAUCCGCCGUGCUCGGACACGCAGUCCCGACAUUACUACCGAAACGCUUCACGACUUUCGCCGCGGCGGUGUUGUUCCUUGUUUUCGGCGCGAGGGGGUUGAGGGAGGGGUUGGCGAUGUCGGGGGAUGAGGGGGUGGGGGAGGAGAUGAGGGAGGUGGAGGCUGAGUUGGAGGAGAAGGAGCAUUCGCUCGCUCGGCAUUCUAGUCGGCGGGAGAGCGGGAAGCUGGAUGAUCCGUAUACCCUCGAGUCCGGGCGGCGGGAACCCUCACCCCCUUCCUCCCGCUCCCCGAGUCCGAGCAGCAGACGACCAGCAUCCCGGAACCUAUCCGGUGGCCUCACAAACUUGUUAGGAUUGGUACUCAGCCCCGCCUGGGUGCAGACGUUCAUCAUGACCUUCCUAGGCGAAUGGGGCGAUCGCAGCCAAAUCGCUACCAUAGCGAUGGCGGCGGGACAGGAUUACUGGUGGGUCACUCUGGGGGCGAUCACGGGACAUGCGUGUUGUACUGGUCUUGCAGUCGUGGGGGGCAGGGCGUUGGCGGGACGGGUGAGCAUGAGAGUUGUCACGAUAGGUGGCGCCGUCGCCUUCCUCGUCUUCGGCGUGAUUUACAUGUACGAGUGCAUCGUCGACGCCUAA